UGCGUGUGUGUGUGCAUGGCGGUGUUGUAGCCUGGUGUAAUUCUCUUACGAAUUGGACUAAGCCGGGGAACGGAGUCUGAUGUCACAUGUGCUUCAUCGGAGGAGACGGGGCAUCUGCAAGCUGGAUUUUGUGGAGGAUGCUGCGGCAAGUGAUACACAGAGGGCUCAAGGCUUCGUUCUACUGGCUGGGCUUAUUCGUUAGCAGGCACCCCGUUUUCUUCCUCACCGUCCCCGCGGUCCUCACCAUCAUUUUCGGAUCUACCGUGCUCAGCCGAUUCAAGCCGGAGACGGACCUGGAGGUGCUGGUCGCCCCUACUCACAGCCUCGCCAAGAUCGAGCGGAGUCUCGCCAACAGCCUGUUUCCCAUCGACCAGUCGAAGCACAAGCUGUACUCGGAUUUGCACACCCCGGGCAGAUAUGGCAGGCUGAUCCUGCUCGCCAAGCCCGGGGGGAACAUCCUGGAGCUGGCCGACCAGGUCCUGCAGGUCCACAAGCAGGUGUUGGAUUUGCGCGUCAAUUACAAGGGAUUCAAUUACACAUUCGCGCACCUCUGCGUCUUGAGCCACAGGGACAAGCGCUGCCUCUUGGAUGAUAUCAUCACCAUCUUCGAAGACAUCAGGCAGGCUGUGCUCUCUAACAGCACUUUCCAUAAGGUGCCCGUGAGCUAUCCAAACACAACACUAAAGGAUGGCCGUGUGUCCUUCAUCGGACACCAGCUGGGCGGGGUGUCCUUCUCACCCAACAGCCGCGACCAGCAGGUCAAGUUCGCCCGCGCUGUCCAGAUCACCUACUACCUCCGCAACCAUGGACCUGUGGUGCAGGAUGCCAUCGCCGAGCGCUGGGAGAACGAGUUCUGCGCCCUGGUCAGCCGGCUGUCCACGGCUGAAGCGCCCCAUGCGACCGACCAGCUCCACAUCCAGUCACUCACCUCCUUCGGCCUGUGGCGGGACUUCCACCAGACGGGCGUGCUGGCCAAGGGGGAGGUGCUGGUCAGCCUGGUACUGGUGCUCCUGGCCGCCACCAUCUCCAGCUCCAUGCGGGACUGCCUGAGGGGGAAGCCGUUCCUGGGCCUCCUGGGGGUGCUGACCAUCUGCAUCGCCAACGUGACUGCCGCAGGGAUCUUCUUUAUAUCGGACGGGAAGUUCAACUCUACACUGCUUGGGAUCCCAUUCUUUGCUAUGGGCCAUGGAACUAAAGGCGUGUUUGAGCUGCUGGCAGGCUGGAGGAGAACAAGGGAAAACCUCCCUUUCAAGGAGCGUGUGGCGGAUGCUUUUGCUGACGUGAUGGUGUGCUACACCAUGACCAGCUCACUCUACAUUAUCACCUUUGGCAUGGGAGCUAGCCCUUUUACCAACAUCGAGUCUGUGAAAAUUUUCUGCCAGAGCAUGUGUGUUGCCAUCCUGGUCAACUACUUCUAUGUUUUCUCUUUCUACGGCUCCUGCCUGGUGUUUGCUGGACAGCUAGAGCAGAACCGCUACCACAGUGUUUUCUGUUGUAAAAUCCCCUCAGUGGAGUACCUGGACCGCCAGCCCACAUGGUUUAAAACCAUGAUGAGUGAUGGCCAUGACUUGUCCACGCACCACGACAGCGUCCCCUACCAGAAUCACUUCAUCCAGCACUUCCUGCGCGAGCACUAUACAGAAUGGAUUACCAACACCUAUGUCAAACCCUUCGUAGUCAUUCUGUAUCUCAUCUACGCCUCAUUCUCAUUCAUGGGAUGUUUACAAAUCAGUGAUGGAUCAAAUAUUGUGAACCUGCUGGCUAGUAACUCUCCAAGUGUUUCAUACGCUCUGACCCAGCAGAAAUACUUCAGUAACUACAGUCCCGUGAUUGGGUUUUACAUUUACGAGCCCAUUGAAUACUGGAACUCCACGGUGCAGGAGCACCUGAAGACUCUGAGUCAUGGCUUCAACAAGAUCUCCUGGAUGGACAACUUUUUCCACUACCUGCGGGUGGUGAAUGUGAGUGCGUCAACAAAGAAUGACUUCAUCACCAUCCUCAAGGGCUCCUUCCUGCGUAGCCCGGAGUACCAGCACUUCACUGAGGACAUCAUAUUCUCCAAGAACCGCGAGACUGAUGAGUACGAUAUUAUUGCCUCACGGAUGUACUUGGUGGCACGGACGACAGAGAAGAAGCGCGAAGAAGUGGUGGAGCUUCUGGAAAAGCUUCGUCCGUUGAUGCUGAUCAACAGCAUCAAGUUCAUUGCCUUCAACCCUACGUUUGUGUUCUUGGACCGCUACAGCUCCUCUGUCAUCUCGCCCAUCCUGACCUCAGGAUUCAGCGUACUCACAAUCCUCAUCCUCACUUUCUUCCUGGUCAUCAACCCCUUGGGGAACUUCUGGCUCAUCCUUACUGUAACGUCCGUGGAGCUGGGCGUCUUGGGUUUGAUGACCCUCUGGAACGUUGGCAUGGACAGCAUCUCAAUCCUGUGCCUUAUUUAUACCCUCAACUUCGCCAUGGAUCACUGUGCACCACACCUGUACACUUUUGUGCUAGCCACCGAGCACACUAGGACGCAGUGCAUCAAGUUGGCACUGGAGGAGCACGGGGCGGCCAUCCUGCAGAACACAUCCUGCUUUGUGAUCGGGAUCAUGCCCCUGGUGUUUGUGCCUUCCAAUCUGACCUACACACUGUUCAAGUGCUCCCUUCUCACAGCAGGCUGCACCGUGCUGCACUGCUUCGUCAUCCUGCCCGUCUUCCUGACCUUCUUCCCGCCAUCCAAAAAGAGACACAAGAAAAAGAAACGGGCCAAGCGUAAAGAGCGGGAGAGGGAGAGGGAGCGGGAAAGGGAGAGGGAAAGAGAAAGAGAGGAAAUAGAGUGCAUCGAAGUCAGGGAGAAUCCUGAUCAUGUGACAAACGUCUGAGUAGUUUGUAAUUUUAGCAGUGAAUUUCCGUGGGUAUCCAUCAGUUAUUGGUGGAUUAGAGGUGUUCUCCAACAGUGAGGUGCCUCUUGAGGUGUGGGGGAGUACAAGAUGUCCCCCUGAGGAGUGGGCACUGGUCACUCCCAAACAACAGCAGCUAAGCUGGCCAGAGUAGAGUGCAGCCCCACUGGUCAGUCAUUCAGUCCUUCAGUCUGGACAGUGUAUCUCAUUUGCACAAACUGCAACAUGCUCAUGGUUCUGAAGCUCUUUCCCAACUAUUUGGUAUUUAAAAACAAGUUAGUUACCAGAACUUAUGCUUGCUAAAUCUGUAAGUAAAUUCUAAACAUACAGUAUGUUAGUCCAUUUAAAUAUUAGCAAUUCACUGUUCAUCUCCUGCAGCCCUUAUCUCAAAAGAAGUGAGUAAGGAGCAUAGCAGUCUGUUAAGCCAAGGACACUCAGACAGGUUGGUGAAAGUGGUCAGUGUGAUCAUACAAAAGUGUACAAAUUAAAGUGUGCAGGAGAUGACUGUGCACGCACCUUACUCCUCACAUCUUGAUAACAGCAAAAAGAAACGAAACCAAAUUCUGUGGAAAGAGAGAAACUGUGGAAAGAAAGCACACCGCAUGCUUUUCUGUAACAUUAAAAUUAGCUGAACAGCUGAACUGGGCAGAUGGCAUACACUGUGUCCAUUAUGAAGAAUUAUCUUGCACAUUGCAUCAUGUGAAUAGAACUGCCUAGGUUUAUAGUAGCAGAAGGCAAAUAUUUCUGCUUUAUUCCAGAGGUCAUAUAAGGUCUUAGGCAAUGGCAAAAGGAACUGCAGUGGGCUGCAGCGUAUGAAGGGGAAGUGUAAGUGACUGUCGUGCAGCAGUAUUUAAAAGGCAGUAAGCCUGACUAUGACUUAAAUAAAUCCUAAACUGCUUUUGCACCAGACCAGUAAAACCAAAAGUGAGGAGUGUUUCAAAGUCUAGAAAUAUUGAACUUUCUAGCAGGUUGAUAACAAUGAAAAGUUUCUGUGAGAGUUUGAAUGUCUCUGUGAUCCACUUACAAAAGCUUACCGGCAUGGCACUGGUAAUGGGGGGGUUCUGAAUGUGAUUCAAAACUAGCAGUGGUGCCAAAUAGUGUACAGUUUUGUUUUUGUUUGACAGAUUUCUAUAAAAAAGUCUCAGUAAGUUUGAACUUUCAUAUAAAUCAACCAUGAAUCAUGAAUUAUUCAAGCUAAUUUAAUGAUUGCUAUUUAAUGUUGUUCAGGUUUGUAAAGCAGAUUACGAAGCAGGCUUUAAAUUAAACAGUGAGGCACUUUUUGUAAAGUACACUGUCUCUGAGUAAUGUGAAAAAAUAUAGAGAGCCGAAGUCCAAAUAGAACUUCCUGGUUUUGUUCCAAAGUAAGAAAAUCUCAA